GACUUCCAUUCUAAUCUCAAAUGAUAAUUGAUGUAAUUAUAAAACCAAAACCGCCUCUUGUUUCUUUCUUCUUCGUCGAUUCAUCUUCCACUUUGAUCCGGUCAGUUAGUACUAAACUACAAAUACAAAUACAAAUAAAUAAAGAGAAAGAUGUACACUUGUCUCAACAGUCUCACCCCAAUCUCCUCUCCCUUCCUCCGGCUCCAUCCCAAACAAACGACAUCUUUUCCUCCGAAACGCAUGGAAAACGGCAACAAGUUCACCCUCAAAUCCUCCUCCCCACAAAACCUCCUCAGCCGGCGAGAUCUCCUCCUCUCCGCCACCGCCAGCGCCGCCAUCUCUCCGACCCUCUCCUCCUCCUCCUCCUCCGCCGCCGCCGUAGAGGAGUUUCCGAUAAAGCUGGAGGGGACGGUGAGCAGAGUGGUGGGUCGGCCUCGGAAGUCGAGGAGCAAAAGGGAGAAGGAGGACGAGGAAGAAGUCCUCGUGAUCGACGGCAUAGAGUUCGACAGCAGAAUUCCCGUGAAGUUCGACGUGUACGUGAACGACGACUGCUCCGACGGCGGGAGUGGGCCCACGGCGGCGGAAUUCGCUGGGAGCAUGGUGAACGUGCCUCACGGGAGAGGGAGGAUGCGGACAGGUCUGAGGUUGGGGAUAACUGAUCUGAUCGAGGAUGUCGGAGCUGAUGACGAUGAUUCUCUUCUCGUCACUUUGGUCCCCAAGUCUGGUGUUGGCCUUGUUACUGUCGGGAGCAUUGGGAUUCAGUUUCUCUCCUAACUUUUACAACCUUAUUUCGUCGAUGAUGUUAUUGUUGCCGAAGAAUAAAAAAAAUGAUUUCUAUGGUUGGCUGAGUACUCCAAGUCCUACAUCUGACAUCUUGCUUAUGUGUACUUCCAAACAAUAGAUGGGCCUAAAAUGUUUAUUUAUUUUUUGUUAUUAUGUU